CACUGCACCCAGUCUCGAAGACAUCACUCCCUCUCCACGCCUAACAAAUUCACCCAAGGGCUCCGGCCAGACCAACGCCACUUCCGCUCUCCUCUCCGCUCCCGGAUGUGGAGUCGGCGCCGCGAGUUCGGUCUCGCCAGAGCUGCCACGCUGCCUUCGCCUGAUGUGGACUUGUACAGGAGCAGGAGACUGGGAAGACCCAGAAUGGAAAUCUACUGUAGAGGAGCCCCGCCUGGAUGUCAAACGGAUGCCUCAGUGCCUCCCAGCGGACUCGGUGGGGACAUGGCUUCACUGAUGCCCCUCUCCCCAUAUCUAAGCCCCACGGUCCUCCUGCUGGUCAGCUGUGACCUGGGCUUUGUGCGAGCAGACCGGCCUCCAUCUCCUGUGAAUGUGACAGUCACUCACCUCAGAGCCAACUCGGCUACUGUGUCCUGGGACGUCCCAGAAGGCAACAUCGUCAUUGGCUACUCCAUUUCCCAGCAACGACAGAAUGGCCCUGGGCAACGUGUGAUCCGGGAGGUAAACACCACCACUCGGGCCUGUGCCCUCUGGGGCCUGGCUGAAGACAGUGACUACACAGUGCAGGUCAGAAGCAUCGGCCUUCGAGGAGAAAGCCCCCCAGGGCCCCGGGUGCACUUCCGAACUCUCAAGGGUUCUGACCGGCUACCCUCAAACAGCUCAAGCCCAGGUGACAUCACAGUUGAGGGUCUGGACGGAGAGCGACCACUGCAGACAGGAGAAGUGGUCAUCAUUGUGGUCGUGUUGCUCAUGUGGGCUGCUGUGAUUGGGCUAUUCUGCCGUCAGUAUGACAUCAUCAAGGACAACGACUCCAACAACAACCCCAAGGAGAAGGGGAAGGGGCCGGAACACAGUCCUCAGGGGAGGCCAGUGGGGACAAGACAGAAAAAGUCACCAUCUAUUAACACCAUCGACGUAUGAGUGAAGAAACAGAACCAGAAGACAGAUGCACUAACAACCUGGGGAUGGGAAUGGGGUCAGGGAGAGCCUAAGAUGGUGAUCUACCCAAGACUGAAGGAUCCCACAAUCUCCCAGAGGGUAAUGACACUCCCACAAUCUCAGGCCUGGUAUCCAUCCUCUUUGCACUGUGAGCAGGGCCAGAAGGUAGGUCUGUCAGGGUCUGUGCCCCUGGACCUGGGGAGUGGACAUCAGGUGGGAUAUGUCCUUCCAUCCCCCAGGUCCAGGGGAGAGUCACUUGUUUAACUUUAUCCCAUUAGGUCCCAAAUGGGGCCCUCAUUUCACCUGCAUCAGGACUCUCAGCAUCCCCAGCUGCCCCUACAUCUUGCCUCUGGGUCUCAGAGAGGAGUGUUUCUGUGGGUACUCCCCCUCCCCCAGCAAAUAAAAGGAAUUGUCUGGGCCUGGAGGCAGAUGCUGCACUGCACUACUCCAAUGUCUUCCAUGGAGCCUCAGGUGCUCCCCCUCUCACCUGGCAGCCUUUCCAGCUGCUGGUGAUCUCACCCCUUGGACAUUUUUCCAAUAAAGUUUCUUGGACAAACUGGA